UUAGUGAAAAGUAAUCGAAAACUUUCGAUUACGAAACGGUCAAUUUUUAUCACUGACCCUUCUUGAAAUUUGUGACCGCGGGGCAUUUAUUAACGCACCAUAUCAUCUUCAGAUUAGUCGCUUAUAAACAUUUGACAUCGAAUCACCAGACUUUUAACGCGUGCCGCUUCGAACUCUUUAUGAGUAUGUUAACUUGUAGCCAAAUUGAAGAAGAAAUAGACGCAUAAAUGUAUAUGGAGAAUUUGUUGCUGAUUAAAUUGUUCGCCAAGUUUUUGGAAGGUAGAAUUUGGUGCUCGUUGGAUUCGGAGAAGCUCACCACAUUUUUGGACGUUUACCACAUCGAAAGUCCGGGUCAUGGCUCUUGAUUUUUUCGCUGGAUGUUUGGGGGGUUGCGCCGGUGUGAUAGUCGGCCACCCCCUGGACACGGUAAAGAUCCACCUACAGACGCAAGACUUCAAAAACCCGAAGUACAGGGGAAGCCUCCACUGCCUCAAGACACUAGUACAGACGCAGGGCAUCAGGGGCGUUUACAGGGGCAUGUCCAGUCCGUUGGCCGGUGUUGCGGCCAUCAACGCCGUCGUUUUUGGGGUGCAGGGCAACGUGCAACGCAACUGCAGCGACCCCGAUUCGCUAAGAACUCACGCCUUGGCCGGCGCUACCGCAGGCUUGAUGCAGAGUUUUGUCUGCAGUCCCAUGGAACUGGCCAAGUCCAGGCUGCAGGUCGAAACUAAGGGGAGCGUUGGGCCUUCCCAACUUUUGGCACAAAUUUAUCGAAGUGACGGUGUCAGAGGGGUGUUCAAGGGUUUGAACUUGACUGUGGCGAGGGAGGUGCCAUCUUAUGCCGCCUACUUUUGGACUUACGAAGCCUUGACGCGUUCCCAAACCGGAGUUGUUUCGACCUUUGACAUGCUGAUGGCUGGAGGACUUGCCGGAACUGUUUCUUGGAUUUUGACCUACCCAGUUGACGUGAUAAAGUCCAGAUGUCAGUUAGACAUAACAGGAAGGUACAACAACGCCUUCGAUUGUUUGAGGAAGAGUGUCAAGGCGGAAGGAUUCUCGUUUCUAUUUAGGGGUUUAACCCCUACAAUUAUUAGAGCCUUUCCCGUAAACGCCGUAACGUUCACCGUUGUAACGUGGACCAUAAGAUUAUUCACCAGUGAAACCACCAAAACAUGCCCCAACAUAUCAAUAUCGAUAAACUUGCCCGAAAAAAUGACGAAUUAAUUUAUUCACAUAUUGGUUAUAAAUAAAUAUUUAUCAAAAUAAA